AUUUGUGCUGUGUAAACAGAGCGGCCCGGGUCUUAAAGACGUUAUUGAGGUGUUCGAGUUUCAUUUUGUGUUGUUUUGUGGAAACUUUUACUGUGAAAAUGUCAGAAGUAGAAGCAGUAAAUGCGAAUAAUUCAGUGAUUGACGAAAAUAGUCAGAAUGACAAAAGUCCGAAAGGAAAAAAGAGAAAAGUUUCGAAUUUAGACAGAGCUCGUGAGGAAAGCGAAGCUAUUAUCAAGGGAUUAGGACCAGAAGUUGAAGGUAGGAGACGUACAAGGUCUGCUGCCAGAGGAGUUGCUGCAACACCACCACCACCCCCACCUCCUGUCAAAAAAGAACGCAAAGAAUCUACAAAGAAAGGGUCACGUGGUCGUCCUAAAAAGAAUGCAACUGUGGAAAAUGAUACAGAUUCUCACGAUGAAAAAGACACUUCUUUGACCGAUACAGCAAAAGAACAAAGAAAAGAAGAAGAAGAGGAUGAAGAAAAAAGCGAAGCCAAACCAGUAGAAAAUAACACACACGAAGAAAAAGAAGAGGCCGCAAACAAUAACGCGCAAACGAGCGAUUCGAAGGAGACACAAGAGAACGGGGCCAAAGAAGACAGCGCAGAUGCGCCCGUAUCAACGGAAGAGAAAUCCGAAGAGAAGAAAUCGUCAGAGGCGAAUAAAGAGAGCAGCAGCACCGGAGGUGAAGAAAGUACGAGUGCGAUACAAGACGAGAAUAAACCGUCAGAGUAAAAGUUGUGUAUGUAUCAAAUAAGAGUUAAAACAAAAAACAAAAAAUAAUUUCUAUUUACUGUAGGUUUUCGCCUAUAUAUCUCUGUUUACAGUGUACUUUUACCAUUUUUGGCUACGUGUGUACGUCUGCGUUUCGACUUUGUUUUUCCCUUCAUUCCUUUCGGUUUCUCUUUAUUUUCCCGUUAUUCGUGGACGAAUGUAAUUGUUUAUGGUACGACGUAUUACGAGAUUUAAAUUUAAUAAGUUCGACUUACAUUUUGCUUGUACAAACAACUAAAGUUUAAAGAGUUUUUUGUUGUUUUAUAGUGGCAUUUUUAUUCAAAUGGUAAGAAUACAUUUUAAGGAGGUUUAAUUACACAUUUAAAAAAGGAAUGAAAAAGAAAUUGCUGUUAAUAUGCUGUAAAAUUGGAUUAUAGUAUAAAUAGUUCCAUUCUUUUGUACAUUUUUAUAUUAACGGUAAUUUAACAUACAACAUCCUGCAUACAAUCUAUGGAUAAUUUUUAUCAUCUUGAAGCAGAUAUCGUUAGAGUUUAGGAGGUAAAUUUGAAAAAUUAAACUUUCGUGUCAUUCUGGGGAUGUAACUUACAUGAAUGAAAUUUGUUUGUAUAUUAGAAUAAUUAUAAAAAGAGUAAUUAGUGAUUGUAAUUAUUAUUAAUACACUUUGAUUCUUUAGAUCACACACACACAUACACAUUCAAAACACAUACAUACACAUACGAUUACAAACGUAGUUAGUACGUUGGUUUUUCUUUAUUGUCCACAUCUAAACAAAAAAAGAACUUUCAGUUUUUUGUAAUUUGUUUCGUUGCUUUUUUCGGUUUUUAUUUUUUUUUGUAUUGCAUAAUAACAGUAGACUGUAAGAUGUAUUCUAAUAUAGAAAGCCAUUAUUAUA